GAAAUUUGAAGCGCCACUUGCAACCACAUGGGAAGGGAGUACCAUCUUUUUGCAUAUUUUGUGAUUACUAAUACAUAGUAAAUCACGAAUGACUAGCGAAGAAUCAACUAGCGACUAUAUUUUACCAGAUAUCGAAAUAACAGAUGAGGAAACGAAAUGCGACCCCAAUACAAAAAAUAUAUUACCGAAACAAUGUCGCAUAUGCCGAAAUCCAGCUGUUGGAUAUCACUAUGAUGUAGCUUCUUGCAACGGAUGUAAAGCAUUUUUUCGGAGAACUGUAAUAACUGGAAGACUACCAAAUUGCAAGUUUGGUGAUAAAUGUCUAGAGGAUCAUAAGAUUCCCAAGCCGGGUACCAGAUUAUGUGGAUCAUGUAGAUUCUCAAAAUGCGAACAAAUGGGGAUGAAUCCAAUGGCAAUUAAAUCUGAAAUUAUUUCUAAAAAAGGAAAUAUUCUUAAAAUGGAACUGGUUAAAAAACAUAAUAGACAAUUAAUUGCAGUUACAAAAGAAAUAGCUAUCGACGAUGAAUUCAGCAAAGUUUUAUCGAAAUUGAAAGCAGUGGAAAAUAAACUCGACAAUCUGUUUAAUUCAAGAUUGCCCAAAAAUUAUGUUGAUUAUCGACAAUUUACUGACAUUCUUGCGGAAAAGCCUACAUUUGCUGUUGAACAAAUUCCAAAUCUGUCCUUUAUUCCUGAUCAGGUAUUUCACGAGUACGGCGGUCUUGCACACAAUAGCUUUCUCGCAGUUGUUGAAUUUGCAAAGUUUCUCGAUUUUUUUCCAAAACUGGAUUCAGAGACACAACUCAAAGUUGUUCGUCAUGGUGCAUUGAUGGUCAGAGGAAUGAUGAAUACAGAAAGAUCCAUUCGAAAAUUCCAUUCAGACUGUGUACGUCGAGCUGAUGGAAGCAUUGCAGGAAAACCAAUGAGAAAUUAUAAUGGAAUAUGGGUAGAACAGAGAAAAAUUGUUCAAAAGGGUCUACAUGCAUUCCUAAGAAAUAAAAUCGACGAAACUGAAUAUUUGUUGCUCAAAGGGAUUGUUCUAUGUAAUCCAGCAAUAUGUGGACUUCCUGAAUCAGCACAGCAAAUUCUGGAAGACGAGAGACGACGGUAUGUUCGAAGUCUCUUGACAUAUUGUUUAAAACAAUAUGGAAUACGAUAUGGUCCAGAUAGACUUUCAUCAAUACUUUCAAUAAUGCCAAUUAUGGAAAAUCAGCAGAAAGAAGAAAAAAGUUUUAAUGUUAUUCUUCGUUCUUUUUAUUCAAAUGUAUCCAUUUUGGUUAGUCCGUUGUAUGAUGAGAUAAUGAGUUCCUGAUAUGGAUAAAUUAUUUAUUUACUAUAAUAGUUUUGAUGUAAUAAUUGCUGGUUCAUUCAGAUCAAUAAUAAAGUUUACCUUGAUGA